AUAUAAAUCCAACUACCGGUUAGUUACUCCACAUCCUUGUAUAAAAUCAACAAUAAUCAUGAGGGUUUUUGAAUCGGUUAACGCUCCUCUUUUUUGACUCCAGAAUCUCCUCCGAGCUCACUAUAAAUAAAUUUAUUGAAGUCCUUACCUUACGCAUACCGGACUUUUAGUUGCGUCCACAACUUCAUUUACAUUAAUUUGAACGAUGGCUGAGGAGGGUUACAAGGUGACUUUGCAUGCGUAUGAUUUAAGCGGAGGCCUUGCUCGACAGCUCUCCAUGUCCUUCCUGGGCAAGGCUAUUGAAGCCAUAUGGCACACAGGUGUGGUGGUAUAUGGUACCGAGUACUAUUUUGGGGGCGGUAUCCAACAAGUUCCAGCUGGAACAGCACCAUACGGAACUCCACUCCAAGUGAUUGAUCUAGGUGUCACCCAUGUCCCAAAAGAUGUGUUUGAAAUGUACUUACAGGAAAUAAGCCCGCGCUACACACAAGAAAGCUACAGUUUAAUGACACACAACUGUAAUAAUUUUAGCAAUGAAGUUGCACAGUUUUUGGUGGGUACCUCCAUACCUGAUUACAUCCUCAAUCUCCCUAAUGAAGUCAUGAGUAGUCCAAUGGGUGCACUCAUAAUGCCUAUGAUUCAGAAUCUGGAGACGACACUAAGGGCAGGUGCGGUCCCACAAGCUCCUCAAUUUAGGCCAUCUGCGGUUCAAUCAGUUCCUCAAGUGCCGAAGAAAGUCGACACGCAAGCAAAAAGCCAGGAAAAUGCUAGUGCGAACAGCAGUGAUGCAAAGUCGAAAACUGAAACUGUAGUCCCGCCUGCAGUUGUGCCGGCUGGAACAACACAAGAGAAACCUGCAGUUGACCCUCUUGGAGAUGCGAGAAACAAAGUGCAAGAAGAGAUCGGAAAGGAGUUUGCUGCCAUCAUGGCCAGUGGGACCCUCCGUGCCAGCGAGGCUGCAGCGCUGGCAACCAAGAAAGUGAUGCAGAAAUACGGGCACAUGAAUGCCGCACAAAGCUGAAACAGGUUUUCUGUUCUCUUUUCUCUUGAUAAUUCCGCAUUAGAUUGAACUUCCUAUAUAAGGAUGAUAAUUUGUAUUUCAUGAACAAUUAAUAUAUUUAUCCAAAAAAUAUCAGAAUUAUGCAAGACAUGAAUACACGGAA